UAUUAAUUAGAGUUGAGUCGAGUGGUACGGAAUCGGUUUAUCGUCUAACUUUAUCAUUAUCGUCUUAGCUUCUUAACUACAAGUCAUACUUGUAGUUUUGUGUUAUUUAGCUUAUUAAAGUAAAUUAAAAUGUAGUUUUAAAUGUAUAAAAUAACAAUAUAUAUCACUUAUCACUUUCUGCGUUGUCGUGCAGUUUGCACUUUGCAUUUAAAUCACAAUUAUUAUUCAACUAAAGUGUAGUUUUUGUUAAUAAUUAGGAUUUCUUAUUGUAAAAUCUGAAUUUCUGUUAAUUUAACCAGUUUUCAGUAUUAUUGCCACAGGUCCGAUUCGUGAGAAUUUUUAGAUUUUAAUCAUAAUAACUAGGUCGAAUUCUGUGAUAGGUACUUAACGUAUUGGGUCUUGUUUUGAUAUUUCGUUUCAAUUCACGUAACAAUUGAGUUUUUUCUUGCCUGUUAAUUAUUUAUAACAAGUUUGUAGUAGCAGCCUUCGAACGCGGUUUACGGUUCUACGUUGUAGUUUUGAAGCGGUAUAAAAUGUUAAAAAUUAAACAAGAAAAUGACGAAUCGGAACACUCCUUGGAAAAAUGUUUGGAGUUGUUGAACCUAAACCGUUAGAUGUUCAGUUCAUACACAAUGAAAUUUCUACAACAGAGGAGUAUUUGGUAAAGAAUGAAGUCGACAAUAGUUAUGAAGUUUUGAAGCGGUAUAAAAUAUUGAAAAUUAAACCUGUAAAUGAUGAAACAGAACACUUGGUGGAAAAAUCGUUCAAAGACAUUGAAUCUAAACCAUUAGAUGUUCAGUUCAUAAACAAUGAAAUUUCUACAACAGAGGAGUAUUUGGUAAAGAAUGAAGUAGACAAUAGUUAUGAUUUCAUUUUCCAUGUAAAGCGACAGAUACUCCAAAUAAUAUAAUAAAAAUCAAUUCUGAGGAAAAUAUACAUAAAAUACGUCGGUUCGACUGCAAUGUAUGUCAUAGGAGGUAUUCAACCAAAAGUCAUUUGAUCCGGCAUAUUGCGAAGUCGCAUUCCACUACUUCCAUGGAAAAGAAAGUGCCUCAAAAAAAUAAAGUCAAUUUAUCGAAACAGCAGAAUCAAAGGGUAUACUCGAAAUAAAGUAGACCUACUUAAUUGUGAUAUUUGUCUAAAAACAUUUUCAUCAAAAUCAAGCCUGAGAACACAUUGGCGUAUUCAUACGGACGAAAAGCCCUUUAAAUGCGAUGUCUGUGCAAAAACAUUUGGUCAAAAAUCUAAUCUCGAGAAACAUGCGCGUAUACAUACCGACGAAAAACCCUUUAAGUGCAAUGUGUGUGCGAAAACAUUUGGUGAACAGUCUACCCUCAAAAUUCAUGAAAGAAUAUAUACUGGAGAGAAACCUUUUAAUUGCAAUGUGUGUGCAAAAAUAUUCAGUCGAAGAGCUCACGUAAACCAUAAAAGGGUACAUACCGGAGAGAAACCUUUUAAAUGUGAUGUCAGUGAAAAACAUUUGGUGAUCGGUCUACCCUCAAAACUCAUAAAAGGAUACAUACCAGAGAAAAACCCUUUAAAUGCAAUGUCUGUAAGAAAACGUUUGGACUACAAAAUAAUCUCAGAACUCAUGAAAGAUCACAUACCGGAGAAAAACCCUUUGAAUGCAAUGUCUGUAAAAAAACAUUCAGACUACAAAAUAAACUCAAAACUCAUGAAAGGAUACAUACUGGCGAAAAACCCUAUAAAUGCGAUAUAUGUGGAAAGACAUUUGGUAGACGACAUCACCUCAAAAAUCAUAAACGAUGUCUGUGAAACGAAGUCUUUCUUCAAAACUCAUAAAAAGAUACAUAUCGACGAGAAACCCCAUAAAUGCGAUAUCUGUGAAAAAACAUCGUAUGGUCGCCAAUGUUUUCUUAAUAGCCCUAAAGCAAAAGCACAUAACUAGAGCCUCGUAUACGUCUUGUGACUAUUUGAAAGUUUUAGUAACAAUUGUUUAUCAUUUUACUUUUUUUUUCUUACGUUUUCAUUGGAAUUAACGAUUUACGAGUAUAAUUACCGGUUUUUUUUUAUAGUUUUUCAUUGUUUACUAUUGUUCUCUUGAUCACUAACAUUUUCUUGACUUUUUCUAUUUAAUAUCUUAUAAUUCUUUUGACGGAUUAUAUAAUUUAUAAAGUUUUUAUAUUUUUA